AAGGCACUUUCUUUUCAAACUGAGCUUAGAUGGGAGCAGAGCACCUGGGAGAUUGAUUUGCGACACAGGGGGACCGUAGAAUGAUUAGCAGGAGCCGUGUCGGGGUGAUUGAUUGGGAAGAUUUGAUUGCGGAGCGGCCAUGUAAGGGAUGGAAUGGAUGGAUCAUGGUGGUGGGAGAAUGGGAAGAGAGUAGGAAUUCGGGGAGAUGGGGAGGAGGGAGCAUGCGGCACCGCAGGAAGAUGUAGUAAGUGGGAGGGGCUGUGGUUGGGUUGCAAGGAAUGACGAACAGAAGCUUGUGAUUAGGUUUUGGGAGCCACGGUUGAAUUGCAGGAAGAAUCGGGAGCAAGAGGAGCAGGAGGACCAGGAGCGCCCUAGUUUCACUUUGUCUACGCUUGCUAUCUCACGCCAUCAUGUGGUUCUGGCGCGCCCGCGAGCGGUUUUCGAUGGAGGAGCUUAUAUACCUUAACGAUCAGCUGCAAAGGGCAGCUGUGGUCACAGAUUCUAACAAGGACUAUUUAGUGGAGACUAUUAGGUCAAUGGCGGAACUUUUAAUUUGGGGAGAUCAGCACGAUCCCACAUUCUUUGACUUUUUCAUGGAGAAGCAGGUGAUGGCAACUUUUGUCCGCAUUCUGAAGGCGAACAGAAAAUCGCCCACUGUAGCUGUACAGCUGCUGCAAACGCUGAGCAUUAUGAUUCAAAAUAUACGCAGUGAACACGCCAUAUAUUAUUUAUUCAGCAAUGAAUAUAUCAAUCAUCUUAUUACGUUUCCUUACGAUUUUCGCCACGAAGAGCUUCUCGCCUAUUAUAUCAUCUUCCUGAGGACGAUCAGCAUGAAAUUGGACCGAAACACAGUUUCAUUUUUCAUCAAAACCGACAACGAGGAAGUAGUGUCCUUCCCCUUGUAUACUGAAGCUAUUAAGCUCUUUCACCAUGAAGAGAGCAUGGUUCGCAUUGCUGUUCGAACAAUUACUCUCAGUGUAUAUAAUGUGGAUGAUGAGAGCAUCCGAAUGUUCGUAACAAACCCUGCAGUAGUGCACUACUUCUCAGAACUUGUAAUUUUUCUAAGAAAGCAAUCGUAUGCGCUGGAUGCCCUGGUAGCUGAGGUCUCAAAAUUACCAGAUUCUGGACAUAUGCAAGGAAGGUUGGAAGGAGCUGUUGCUGAAAUUGGGGACCUCCUGUAUUAUUGCAAUGACAUCAUAAAUUCUGGUGUGCCUGCCCUGAAGUCCAUUAUGACUAAGCAUAUCAUGAAUGUGCUGGUCUUGCCUUUGUUGCUACCAUCUUUGCGUCCUGUCGACAAACAUGCCAUCAUACCAUCGGAUAAGCAUAUCAGCACUUUGACAUCGCUAUAUCUUUUAUUGCGACUGUUGCAUAUUGUGCACUACAAAGCUUUAGUUAACAGCAUUGGGGCUUCGCUUUUAAGGACGGAUCAUUCAGUCACUCCUGAUCACAAACAACUUCAACAUCCUGAGUGCUCCUCAGAUCAAAAGGAUGAAGCUGGAGAUUUUGGUAGAGAAGCAGAAGCGGGAUCAGAAUCUGAUAACUCUGCCACAGUACUGAGUUCUUCUGAAGCCCUAGAUGGCCGGACAACACUACUUUCUUAUCUUCUCUGUAACGAUGACAAAUUGGUGAUGGCAUCCUUAUGCCUAUCGGUUUCUUUUUUGCAAAAUGAAGCUUUGGAUGAAUCAUUAUUAGAUGCUCUUGGAAUUCUUCCUCGUCGGAAAAGACAUAAGAAGCUUCUUUUGCAACAAUUGAUUGGUGACAAUUCGGAUAAGCAUCUGGAUCGACUCUUCUCACCUAGCUUGGAACGGUCGCAUGAUGACUUUAUGAGUGAUCACUGGGAAAAUCAUCUGGGGCAUGAAUUGCUGUCAGGGUCAACCACGUUGAAACAUCGGAGUCAGAUGCUUGAAGCACUGAUAAAAUUGGUGUGUCGGAGGCCCCCACCCCACGCAGAGGUGCUGUGGCAGGCGGGAUGGCUGCUUCGACAGCUUCUGCCAUAUCAAGAACACAAAAUCAGUGAUGCUCACAUGUCCCUGCUAAAUAACGUAUAUUCAUCCGCUCAACAAGAGUUCUCGCUUGAGUUGACAGCUUGCUGGUCAGAUAUUAUUCCCGCAGUGAUUACAGAAGAGUGGAAAAUCUGUCGUAAAGCAUUGGACGUACCUGUGCUCAAGAAGGACGCUUCGUUUGUGUUGAUGCCAAGUUCCCAUACUGCUGACGGAGAGAACUCAUCGCUUACUUCCUCUAUUCAUAUUGGAGAAAGAAUGCGGGCAUCUGUUAAGGUUUUGAUGGUUCUUUAUCAAAUUCGAGUUCUCCUGGUGGAGGGUACCUUGCCAGAAAUGCCUCCUCUGAUGGAGUUACCAGACGAAGCAAGAGUUCAACCACAGAUCUUAUCAACAGCAGUUGGCACGGAGGUGGAUAUUGUGAAUGACGCUAUGCCAUGUAAGGUUUCCUUUGAAAGAGGAAAAGAACGCCAGGUACAUCUCGUUGUGGUAUCUGGAGGAAUCUCAGGGUCAUUACUAUUGAUAGAGGGCAUUGCCUUCAAGCAGAACCGUGGGGUGAUCCGUGUCACUGCCCCUUUGGCAGGCUCAGAUCCUCGAGUGGAUGAGAAGCAUGCAACCUGGCUACAUUUACGUGUUCGAUCACCCCACCAGCCUUUGGCAGACGUAGGGAAGUUGCAUUCUCCCAAAACAAGCCUAAAGAAUAAGCAACUUGCAGACGGGCGAUGGACGCUUGCUUUCGCAGAUGCAGACUCUUGCCUACAUGCCUGUCUUUCUAUUCAAAACCAUGUGGCAAAUCAGCGUCAUGCGGUUAGUCUUAUAGUAUCACCUUUUUUAGAUUUAAAUUCUGAAACGCAUCAGUGAUGUGAGCCUUUGGCGAUAUGGUUUUCAGGUACCAAAUGGUAUUAGUUACUCUAACGCCACAAUUAUCUACACUUACACUACCUUUAGUGUAGUAUAAAUUCUACCAUUUCAAAAUCUUUGGUGCUUUUUAUUCACAGCCUGACUAUUGUCGCCUGGGUGGAUACACCCACUCUCGUCUGUGGGAAAAGCAACUGGCUAGCCUUGUAGCAAGUUUUUCUUGUGUAAUUUGCGUCAUGUUGAUUACCUUAGGUCUAGAGAAAUUAUUAAGUACUUGAUGAUGUACAGAAAGCCUGAUGUGCGUUCUUUCUCCUCCAAGCAUCCACCCUAUGCCAAAUUAGUUACAGAACAUUGGUUUGUGUACUUGUUUGCAUCUCCGAAAUUGUAGCCUAUCUUAGUUAAUACAAGAUAAUGUUCUUGUCCAUUUGUCCUUCA